AUGGAGAUCGAGUCCAACCCAAAGUAUUGCAGAAUUAUUAAAGAAUCAUCAUCUGAGGAGGACCGGCUGAGUGGCCUCCCUGACGACGUCCUCCACUCAAUCGUCGGCCGGGUCCCCCUCAAACAAGCCGUCCGCACCAGCGCCCUCUCCAUGAGCUGGGCGUGCCUCUGGCUCCACGCGCUCGCCGCCUCCGCCGUCCUCGACUUCACCGACUGCGACUUCGUCCACGGCCAGUCCCCGCGGCAGAUCGUGGCCACAGUGAACCGCUGCCUCGAGGUCCACGGCGUGGCACCCAUCGACGUGUUCCGCGUGGUUUUGUCCCCGUUCGACGCGUUUGGGCUGGACGUCGUCCGGUGGGCCGCGACCGCCUUGGGGAGAGGCGCCAGGGAGGUGGGGGUGGACCUGACGCAGCACGCCGACGGCCGCGGGGCUCUGGAGCUUCCCGGGGACAUCUUGCUAAAAUUUGGGAUGGGCUCUAGGCCCAUAUAG